AUGGCUCACGCACUCCUGUGCUCGCCCGCAACCCGCUUCUCGCCCGACUCGAGCUCCGACUCGCUCAACUCGCUCUCGCCCGCGACCCCUCCCCCUCCCUCGCUCGACUUUCUCUCGCACCUCGGCGACGGCUCGUUCGACCGCGAGGCGAGCCCGACGGGCCAGUUUGACACGCCGACGAGGAGGAAUGGGUAUGUCAGGGAGGAGAAGGACCAGGGACCGCGGCAGAGUACGCUGAAGGGCGGAGUGGGCAUCGACUUGGCUACUCCGCAGCCCGACUGGGUGACGCAUGAGCUCGACGAAGAGUGGAUCGCACAGCCUGAAGCGGAGGCAGACGACGAUGGCGCUUCCACGCGAGGAGGCGAAGGUUCAACGACGAUCCUGGCACCCUCGUUCGCUACCCCGUCCACCCAAUCCCCGACGCUCAUGCCUCCAUCCCCUCUCCCUCCUUUCCCGCCUUCAACGCCCUCUCACCUCCUUCGCACCCAACCUCGCGUACCCAGCAGUCUCCGCCACGCCUUCACAGCCGCUUCCUCGCCCUCAUCCAGCAUCGCCUCUGUCUCGGUUCGCGGGAACGCGACUGAUACAGAAGCCGAGACGGAGACGGACAACCACACGAGGGAUAUGAGCAUCUCCGCUGGGUCAGUCGUCGAGAUCGCCCAUACCGAUGCGGAAACCGACGCAAACGAAUCUCUCGCCGCUCCCCCUCUCAUCGAGUUUAGCGCCGACUUGCCCGCCUCAAACGAAGCUGCCGACGACGAGAACGACGAAUCAGUCGGCUCGGCCGGUACAGUCGUCGUCAACUCCGACUCGGUCGUUGAUCGUGGCUCGAACGCUGCGAGAGGGAAUGAGCAGCUUCAGGCGGCCGUCAGGGCUUUGCGUGGACCUAAUGCGGGAUUGUUCAUGGCUGCUGAGGGCGAAGAGGGAUCCGAGGAGCAGGAAGAAGACGAGGCGGGCAAGAGGAAGGCCAAGGCGCUGUUGAGUUUGUUUGAGCCGCCUAGUCCAGACGCCCUGCCGCCGACGAACCCGCUUCCACCCUCAACCCGUCCCGCACCCUUCCUUUCAUCCUUCACCUUCUCCCCGCCCUCGAUCCUCCCCCCAACUUCCUGGCGCUCACUCAACCACUUCUCCCCGUCCCCUCCUCCUGCUCCUCCACAAGCCGACGAAGACCGCACCCCGCUCGCCCGCAGUCGUGCCCGUCUCGGAGGCGAAGAAGUCGACACUCCGCGCGCUGGAGAAGGGAUGAAGAGGCCGCCUGCGUUGGGCAGGAGGGAGAGGUUCUUGAGACGGAGCGUGAAGGCUGAGGAACGGAAGGAGGAGGAGGGAGGGGAGAGCUCGGACGAUGCGCCUUUUGUUCCUGCGCCCUUGGAGGGAGGGACAGUCACGACUACAUCGGAGGACGACGAGGAUUCGACGGACGAGGAAGAGUUGCGGAACGGCGGUCGUGCGGGAGGAAGCGGGCCGCUUGAGAUGGAGGUCAAGCCCGGGCUUGGGUGGAGCAGCGACGAGGACGAGGGAUCGCUCUCGCGUGACGAUGAGGAGGCCGACUUCCCCUCGAGAAGCAUGUCGGCUCUGCCGACUCCGCCUUCAUUCGACGCUGCGCCCCUUCCGACCGUCUACGAAGCGUCCGAACCCGCUUCCUCCAUUCGCUCACGCACCUCACUCGCUCCUCCCGCUCAACCCUCGCUUCCCCUGCCUUCUUCUCCCGCGCGCAUCCCCAUUCCGUCGCCGCUCCUCCACCCACCCGCAUCACCUCUCAAGCUCUUCCAGCCAACCUACGACACCGUAACCCGCCACCACCUCGCCGCGCUUGUCGACGAGAUCGACGCGCUCUCCUCCAAUCGCGACGAAUACCUCCGCGAAGGUGCACCUGCGCCGCUCAGGCAAUCACAGGAGCGAGAGGAGAAUGUGAGUGACGAGGGAUUCUUGGGCGAGGAGGGGGAGAAGAGGAGCUCGAAGAGGAUCAAGUUGAGUCCCAGGAGCGAGUUCGUCUCGCGCUUUAGGGCGGAUGGCGAGGAUGGGUUGUCUCGCGUCGAGGAGGAAGCGGACGAGGAGAAUCAGACGCCUGGACGGGACGAGCGAAGCAGACGAGGCGGAAGGAGGUCGACGAGGUCGUUCUCGAUCUCUCCCAGCGCACGGCGGCCGACUCCGCUCCGCUCUGCGCGUCGACCACCUCCAUCGUCGCGGCGCCGCACAGCCGACAUCUCGUCCGCCUCGUCGCUCCUCACGCUCCCAACGCUUCCUUCGCCUGUACCGACAUCGCCGGGCGGCUCGAGCCGGCGUAGGGAAGCAGUAGAGGAGGCAGAGCGGGUCAUGGAGCGCAUCAGGAAGAGGGAGGAGGAAAAGGAGAGGGCGAGGGAGGGAACUGUCGUGAAUCGCGUCGAGGAGACGAACCGCUCGUCCGCUUCGCUUUCCGCAACUCCUGUUCGCGGCGAAGCCUCCUCGACUCAGCACGACGACACCUCCCCUGUCCCGCUUCCUCACCUCGCCGCAGCGGCUUCUGCCUCGCUCCGCUCCGUCCUCGGCUCGCCAGCACCCGCACCCGCCUCUCCCUCGCUCGCAUCUUCCUCUUCCCUCGGCUCGGGCGCGAGGCUUCCGUCAACCUUGCUGCAAGAGAAGGGCGGCUCGAUUGGUCGUCGACAUUUCGCGCGUACCCCUGUCGGUGCGAAGAAGAGCGGUAGCUCGAAGGCCAGUGGUCUGCACGUUGGCGUGCUGAAGGGUCUAUGGGGGAACGAAGCGGAAGAUGCGGACAGUGAGAAGGAGGUCGAGCCUAUGCCUACGCCCACCCUCGAGACGGAAUCGGCUGCGGCCGCGACACCCGUCGCUGCAACCCGUCACGCCCGCCAGACAUCCCUUACGACUCUUCACCCUUCUCUUCCCGCGACACAACGCCUUCUCGCCUCGGCCGGCGCUUCCGCUCGCGAGAAAGGUCUCGUCUUCGACUCGGAGCAAGGUCGAUGGAUCCGCACGCCCAGGCGCCUUGCAACGCAUGUGGAGGAGUCGAGCCACGCCGAGACGUCACCCGUUGAAGACCCGCUCGUGGACGCUCAGGAAGAUGAGGACGAGGAGGACCCUUUCAAGGACUUCAGCGAGUUGCGGAGCGACAAAUCCAUCGUCGCGCCACCCGCGGCAGAUACAGCUGCGGAUGCGGCGGUCAACCUUGAUCACCUCCCUCAUGCCGGCGACGGAAGCGGCAGUCUCCCACGUCGCUUCGUCGAAUCCGUCAGCGGCCUCGGUAUCACCAAGGGAACGCCGCCUCUCACCGGUGCUGCAUCGUACGCACCUGAACCACCUUCUUCCGCCAUGCAGCAGUCGCCCGCCGGAGCGUGCUACUUCUCACCUCCGCCAGCCGAGACGCGACCUGCCGAAGAAGGCACCGACGGCCCUCAUCUCGUCCUCGAGAGCGAAGACUCGGCCACUUGGGGCCGCGGCGAUGCGCUGCGGAAGAGGGAGGAGGCGCAGAAGCUCUUUAACGUCGAGGAAGCGGCGCAAGAGGAGGACGAACUGGACGACUUUGCGGAGACCAGCAUGCUCGGGCUGUAUCAGGCGACACAUGGCGAGAUAGAGGAAGAUGAAGACACGACGGCCGAAGCGCGACCUGCGCCGCCCGUCGUCGCUCGUCACCAGCCUUCACACUCUACGCCUCCCGCGACUAUAGCUCCGACGCCUGCCACACCCUUCAGCGCGACUCGUCCUCCUCUUUCCGCCUCUGCACCUCAGCCUCCCCGCUCCGCCCUCAAAGUGCCUCGCGCUCAGUCUGAUCCCCUGGCAGUAACUCCUCUCGCUCGGGUCGUCGCCGCCGCCGGCCCGCCACGCAGCGUCAGUUUCUCCGACGGCAAGACGAGCGGCAAGAUCGAGGGACUCGUGCCUCUCGAGCCGUACAAGCCGUUCGCCUUCCCGUCGAACGCGCCUGUCGGAUUCGGCAGUGGCCUCAAGUUCGAGAUGGGCAACGGACCAGGCUCGUUAGAGUUUGACGAGGGCUUUGAGACCCAGAGCGAAGUCGCCGAGACCGACGAGGGCGACACGACAAUCACGCAGGAGCAGGUGCUCGCGGUUGAGGCGCCGUCCGUGCGAAGUCGCAAGGUUGGCGAAGCGUUGGAGUCUCUCACCCGAGGACCCGCCGAUUCGCCCUUCGCCGCCCAUUUCAGCCGCGCAGCGAACCGAGACUCGUCCCUCGCGCUCUCAGUCACUUCGUCUACCACGUCCUCGCCAACGACGGCCUGUGUCCGCCCUCGCUCGCGCAGCUUCACCCGGACGCACUCGCAGAACGGUAACGCGACCUUCCUCACCGAAUGCUCGUUUGGCGUCUCGCACGACCGCCUGCUCCAGCUCAUCACCGACGUCGAGCCCUUCGAGCCGGACUGGGAGGGUUUACGCAGCAUCGACCUGAGCCGGAAGAAGGUCGAGAGCGUGGUUCGCUUGAAAGAGUUCCUGCCCAAGCUGGACGAGGUGAACCUCAACGAGAACGAUAUCUCAUACCUCACCGGCAUCCCCUCGACCCUUCGCACCCUGCUCGUCUCGUCGAACCGCCUGACAAGUCUCGCAUCCUUCUCGCACCUCCGCAACCUUGAGCGGCUCGACCUCAGCAACAAUCAGCUCGAGUCGGUCCACCAACUCGCCUGCUUGAAGCACCUUCGGGAGUUAAAGGCGGACGGGAACGAGAUCUCAAGCAUUGAAGGGGUUGCCCAGCUCGACUCGCUCGUGCGGCUGAGCCUCAAAAGCAACCGGCUGCAGAGUGUCGACUUUGGCAAGACGAAAUGGACCCGCCUCGAGACACUUCACUUCGCUCGCAACGAGAUUGCCGCGCUCCACGGACUCGAGCACCUCGUCUCCCUCACGACGCUCAACCUCGAACACAACGCGCUGACCGUUAUCGAGCCAUCCGCCGACAUGCCUCGCUUGCGCGUGCUCCGCCUUUCCAACAACCCUCUCUCCGCCCUGGACGUCUCGUUUGCGCCCAAGCUCCGGACGCUGUACGCCGACUCGACCCGCCUCGGCGCUCUCGAGGGUACCGACCAGCUGAGGAAGCUCGAAAACCUGAGUCUGCGAGACCAGUCGGUCGAGGGACUGUCGCUCUCGAUGCCGCACAUCCGCGAUGUCAAGCGCCUCUACCUCUCCGGCAACCCUCUUCCCAACUCAUUCCCGUCAGAAAAGUUCUUCAACCUCGUCUACCUCGAGCUCGCCAUGUGCCAGCUCACCUCGCUGCCCGCCGACCUCGCCAGCGUGAUCCCGAACGUCCGCGUCCUGAACCUCGACUACAAUUUCUUGCACGACCUGGCGCCAUUGCAGGGUCUCUCUCGGCUGACGAAGCUCAGCGUCGUUGGCGCGAGACUGGCCAAGGCCAGACCAGUCGCGACGGUGCUCGCCAGCCUGCUCGAGCUCGAGUCGGUCGAUCUUCGGAUGAAUCCCUUUACGCUCGCCUUCUACCCGCCUCUCGUCCCGCCUUCCGACUCGCUCCUCCCCUCGCACUCCGAGCACCGCAUCCUCCACCCCGACUCGCUCCCCUCCUCGGUCCCAUCUGACGCCAUCGCCGACCCAGCGACGCACAGCUCGGCGUGGCAAGCGCUCGACACCAAGUUCCGCCGCGCCUUGCCGGACGAGUGGUAUCACCGCCGUGCCGCCUACCGCGCCGCCAUUCUCCAGUCUAUCCCGUCACUCGUUCGCCUUGACGGAAUUGAUGCAAUGAAGGAGCGGCCGAAGCUGGCGAGGCGGGUGGAGACGCUGGCGCAGAGGCGGAGUCGGUGA